CGGGCAUUCCCCGGCUCGAGACACGUCGCUGUCACAACGUCCACUGCUUCGCCGUGCGUUCGGUCGUAUUUGACACUGGUGAAUCUGUCCAACCCUAGCCCCUAAUCUUUCCAGAGAAAUACCGUCCUACGAAGCGCAUCUCUGCGGCCUCCUGUCUCAAGGCCGAGCUCUAGGCCGUAAUCAAUCAUGUCGCAGUUCAUAACCUCCCUGUGGGAGUCAAUCUUCACACCCGGCCCUACUCCAACCCUCCUCAUAGCUGCUAACGCUACAUUUGCCUCUCUUCAAAUACUGCUUCUCAUUCUUUUCCUUGCAACCUACUCGGCGCAUUUCAUUGCGCUCUCCACCAUCUGCGCGGGCGUGUGGUGGGGCAUCAAUUGGUUUGCCGCUGAGCUGGCCAAGGCACAGCGCGCGGAGGAGGAAGCUGCGCGGAUACGCAAGGAACGUCGUGCAAAAUCACCCUCCGGUGCGCUAGAUGGCGCCACUAGUGGAGGCGAAGGGGACGGCGAGGACGAGGAGACCGAGACGGAGGUGGAAGGGGUUCCGGCAGGGUCAUCUUCGAGUCUUAGGCUGAGAGGCGGGCCGAACAAAAUCAAGAAUGUGCUCAAGAGCGCGGGCUACAACGUCGAGGGAAAUAUUGACGAGGCACAAGGGAGCCAGAGCAAAAGCCUCGAGCCACCCGCCGGGCUGCAAAAGCGGAGGGCCGGGCAGGGAAGCUCAACGGACUUGAGCGUGUCCGGCACGGACAGCGAGUGGGAGAAGAUAUCAGAGACUGAUAAAUAGACCACCACGUUCAACUGCGGUGAGCGAUUAGGUGCUUCGCAGGUCGGCGGCGCCGAUAGGACCAAGAUGUUGCAGAUUCGUGUUUUGGAGGAGAUUUCUGCGUCUGGUAAAUCAUGCCUAGAGUUGCCUUACUCUUCAAUCAUCUCUGGUUUGAGCUAUUUUACACACUCUCAACCUUUGAGACACCUUGAUGAAGAAAUGAUAGACGUUUUGCAACAGUCACAUGCAUCCACAUUAUGCC